ACAUUGUCACAUGGAGAGCUUACCAGCUUAUUGUCUCCUUGUCAAACCGGUGCAUGACUCUGUCUUGCACCCAAACAAAAGCUACAAUUGUAUUUCUCGGGAGUUGCUUCAGACUUUUGAGCAAUAGCUAGCUCACUUCAAUACUAUAUAUUCUCCUCCGUUGCCUCAUUCCAAGUGCUUUUGGUAGGUCUAUUAGCUCACCUCGCGUACUUGUCUCUUCUCACGCAAAGCUAAAAGGUAGCGCCUUCCUUUUCCAUAUGCUCUUCUUCUUGAAAGGGUGUUUGCACUUUGCAGUGUGCUUUUAAUCUUCAGAGGACCUUCACUUCAGAGUUCAGAGAGUGUCCAGAGAGUCCAGAGGGAGUUCAGAGGGACAUGGGGAGGAUGCUAGGCCUGGACAAGGUCCUGGAUUGCUUCCCCCUUGCCCUGUGUGCGAACACUUGUGUGUGCAUACAUUCCGUUGAAGAUGAGGAUGAGGAGAACGAGGGCAGGGCCUUGGUGAGCGCUCAGCUGGAUGAGCUGGUGAAGCUCAAGGAUUUCGCCGGUGGGGCCAAGACUCUUGCCUUCCAUCUAGAGCCAAAGACAGUGGAGCUCAGGGUGUCCAUGCACUGUUAUGGGUGUGCCAGGAAAGUUCAGAAACACAUCUCCAAGAUGGAAGGCGUUUUGUCGUUCGAGGUAGAUUUGGAGAACAAGAAGGUGGUUGUGACCGGGGACAUCACGCCCUACGAGGUGCUGCAGAGCGUCUCCAAGGUGACCAAGUUUGCAGAGCUGCUGGUGGCUCCCAAAUCCUCCCCAACUCCAAGUAGAUGAUGGCAGGCCGAUUGUUGAUAGGUGGAUGACAUCUCCCCAACUCCGGCUGCUGAUUGGGGUCUUGGAUCACGCGCAAGGCAGACAUGCCUAGCUAGCGGCAUCACAAGCACGGGAAGGGAAAAAACUGCAACUAGUGGGAAGCAGGGGAGGGAGAUCGAAGGGAUGGAUGGCUGUCUAGUCUGUCGUUCAGCCUGCCCAUCUAUACGUGCGUGCGUGCAAAUACGAUAGAUCGAGUAUGGGGCCGGUAUGUUUUGACGCUUGUACUAGUACACAACCAAACAUGUCACCUUGGAUUCUCAUUCUAUGCGGAGAUCAGUCAAACAAAGUGUACGGCGAAUAAAAUACACGCACGGUCCCUUAACUUGAA